AUGAGUGGGACCCAUAUCAAAGCCAAAUCAUAUCCAUCUCCUUUAGAAUCCCCAAAUCAAAUUAGGGAUACAACUCAAAACAUUCAAUAUAGUUCAGGAUUUAGACUUCAUACCCAAAAAGAUCGUAUAUUUAGGGCAGAGAAAAGUCAGAAAGGUGCGAUUGUGGUUAGACAUUGGGUUGGGUUGAGAGAGGCAACUGCUACAAAGAUGCCUCUGAAAGUCAGAGAUGGUGGGGAAGCUCUUUUUUUUACAGUUAAAGAUGUGGGGGAGUAUGAAUCAAAUGCUGAAGAAGAAGAUGUGAGGGAGUAUGCUGACGUUGAAGAUGUAAGGUCGGAAGAACAAGAAGAAGAGUAUGAGGGAGGAAAUGGUGAUGCUGAAUAUGUUGAGCAAGAUGUUGAGGGUAAUGGAGAAAAAGUAAAAGAUGGAGAGGAAGAAGAAGAUAUAGAAUACAGAGAAAUUGAUUUUGAACAAACUGACGAGGAAGAUGACAAUACCUUUCAUAGUCUGAGUGAAGGAGAAGAGGCUGAAGAAGAAGGUAGGAAAAGGGGACUUAGAGCUCCAAAGUUCAAGCAAUACAAUAAGGAGCAUGAUUUAUUGGAUCCAAAGGUCCAUAUGGGGAUGGAAUUUCCUACAAUUCAGGAUUGGAGACGAGCUAUUAGAUAUUAUAGUAUUGCAUAUGCUAGAAAGAUAAAGUACUUGAGGAAUGAGCCUUAUAUGGUGAGACUUGUUUGUGAUGAUGCACCCGAGGGAAAUGAAGAGUCAAUUAAGGAUUUAACAACAACAACAAAAGAUAAGGCUGAGGAUGUGACCAAAAAAAGAUAA